AGGAGGCAAGUGCUGCUGUCUGAGGAGGAGAAGAGGAGGCAGCUGAAAAUAAAGAUAAACAUCGCAUACUUCAUUGCGAAAGAAGAAGAACCUUUCGGCAAAUUUGGGCCGCUUAUCAGACUCCACCACAAAAACGGAGUUGACAUUAAUCCCACAUAUGACAAUGAUGUAAGAUGUACGGAGAUGAUCGGUCAAAUUGCUAACAUAAUUAGGAGAGCCUGUCAGCGAAGCUGAAAGCCGCAAAGUAUAUUGCCGUUCUAAUAGACGGAGACACUGAUAUAUCCAACACCGAAUGCGAGAUUGUCUACGUACGCUUGUUGGAGGAUGGGAAGCCAGUCAAUCUCUUGGUUGGACAACAGACCCUUGAGUACUCUCAUGCCAUUGGUGUUUUGGAUGCCACCAAGGCCACAUUUCGUGCUGUUUGCCCAGAGGAAGAUGGAGGGUCAUGGAUGAAGAAGUGCAUCUCCUUCGGGGCAGAUGGUGCCUCCAUAAACAUGGGCCACCGUGGGGGAGUGAUUGCCCACCUGCAGAGAGAGGCAGGGGGGCAUAUAAUCCCAAUCCACUGUAUGCCACAUAGAUUAGAGCUGGCAAUACUGACCAUCCAGAAAAAAGAGCCAAAGGCAUCUGUCGUGUACGAUCUUCUGAAUCUGAUAUGGAAGACGUAUCACUUCAGCGGAAAAUCCAAACGAGAGCUCUAUGUUCUCGGACAAGAGCUCGGUGUGGAUAUUUGCACACCAUCUAGCGUCAAGGGAACUCGCUGGAUCCCCCAUGUCCACAGAGCCCUCAAAGUGUUCCUACGACAUGGACAAGACAAGGACCUUGGAUGGAUCCCCCAUGUCCACAGAGCCCUCAAAGUGUUCCUGCAGCAUGGACAAGACAAGGACCUUGGAUGGAUCCCCCAUGUCCACAGAGCCCUCAAAGUGUUCCUACGGCAUGGACAAGACAAGGACCUUGGAUGGAUCCCCCAUGUCCACAGAGCCCUCAAAGUGUUCCUGCAGCAUGGACAAGACAAGGACCUUGGAUGGAUCCCCCAUGUCCACAGAGCCCUCAAAGUGUUCCUGCAGCAUGGACAAGACAAGGACCUUGCCACUGACGAAGGCCAGUACUCCGUUGUUCUGCAGCACAUGGAGCACCUGGCAGUAGCAUCAACAACAGCGGAAGUUCAAGGGCGGGCAAAGAAGGGAAUAACACUGAAGGGGGAUCUGAAAGGCUUCACGGACCUCACCAAUCCCCAGCUGAAGCAGCAUAUUGAGGCGGCCAUCAACAUCGGCGUGGAUGAUUUCAAAGCCAGGUUUGGUGGUUUGCUGAAGGAUGCGGGUGUCCAGACCCCAGUGGAGUCUUUCAGAGUGCUAAACCCUGACACAUGGCCAGAAGACCAGGCCAGCCUUCUCACCUUUGGCGAUGAUGGUGUGGCAUACCUGAUGAGGCAUUUCAAGGAGCCUCUAGAGAGCUAAGAAUUUAUUUUACACUGCAUUGCCAUAUGAGACAAUGUUAUGUUUGCAUAUUUGCAAACUCACUUGUGCUGUUCAAUCCUGCAGAUCGGGGUGCAACAUGGCUGCAAUCCAGGAUGAGUGGCAGGGGCUGAAAAUCCUGGUCAGCCACAAUUUCAAGGACAAGUCCUACAGUGGCUUGUGGGAGACCAUAUUGACAAAGGACCACUACAUGCACGAUUACAAGGUAGACUAACAGUCCUGAGUGGUUAUGUAUGGUAUCCUAUGGUUGGUUUUGAUAAGUUAAUGGUAAGAGUUUAAAUGAAAUUGAAAGAUAUAUUUUCCAUGGAACAUACUGGAGUUGGUGCAGCUUAUGCUGGUGCUGCCCAUUUCAGCCGCCCAGUGUUAAUGGUAAGAGUUUAAAUGAACCGGAUUAAGAAUUCAACAAGAAGCUGCCUUGGGGUCUCCACCACCGAAGACCUGAUGAGGAUCAGCCUGGAGGGGCCUUCUGUCGAGGAGUUCGAUCCCACUCCUGCCGUGGACCGCUGGCUGACCUCUAAGCGUGCCAGACGGCCAACAUACAAAAGCAGCUGGAAAACUGAUAUCCUUUACGUCUAGUAGGCUUUGGUCAAUGUGUGAUUUUGGUGGUAUGUGCUGUUCCACAGAUGUGUGUCCCUUAGUACACGCACACACACUCACACACGCAGUAUAAAUAUGUAUGUAAUAAAUUGGUUGUUAAUAAAUUCUGUUCCAUUUUU